AUGGCGCGCGUUGCUUCGUCCCCUGCUGCCGCUGUGUCGCGGCGAGCGACAGCGCUUACUUCGGUCUUUUCUUUCGCUGUUCUCUUGGGAUUCCUGGCCAUUCCCGCUCCCGUCGCCGCUCAGCUCAAGUUUGUCGGUCUCGGCAACUGGGGCUACGGCACGAGCGGCCAGCAGACCGUCGCGGAGACCUUGAAGAAGGUUGCGGCCGCGGAGCACAUCAGCUUCAUCACUUCCCCGGGUUCCAACUUCGUCGGCGGAAUCUCGGGUGCGAACGACACCAAGUGGCAGACUCUCUACGAGGACGUUUACAGCGACGCCAGCGGCGCCCUGAAAAUGCCCUUCUUCACCGUCCUCGGUGUCGAAGACUGGAGCGGAAACUACACCGCCGAGGCCCUCCGCACGCAGCUCACCUACGAGGUCACCAGCGACCAGCUCAAGGACGGUCAGCUGAUGCCGGCCGAUGCUCAGGAGGCUGCGACAGCUGUCAAGACCGGCUACCCCAAGUGGACGCUUCCCAACUGGUGGUACCACACCCUGAUGCACUUCCAGGCCUCCACCGGAAGCGCAUUCAUCAACUCUGGUCACAAGGACAUGAGCGUCGGCAUGAUCUUCAUCGACACGUGGGUGCUGUCCUCUUCGUUCCCCUUCUCGAACGUGACUGCGCGCGCGUGGGCGGAUUUGGAGAAGACCCUGGAGAUCGCCCCGAAGAUCCUCGACUACAUCAUCGUCGUUGCCGAUCGCCCCGUCUACUCGAGCGGCGCGUCAAAGGGCGACUCGAUGCUUCAGUACUACCUCCAGCCUCUCCUCAAGAAGGCGAACGUAGACGCGUACAUCUCCGGUUACGACUACAGCCUGGAAGUCAUCUCUGACGAGAACAUCAGCCACGUGAGCUGCGGCGCUGGUGCGGCUGCGGCGGGCGCGUCGAUCGUCAAGCACUCGAACAGCCUGUUCUACGCGGGCGAGCCCGGUUUCUGCCUCUUUGAGUUGACGGCUGAGGGCCUCGUGACGCGCAUCGUGAGCGGGACCAGCGGCGAGACGCUCUUCUCGCACACGCAAAAGCUGAAGACUCGUCCCGAGCGCAAGUCGAUCGACGCCUUCAACCUGGUCAGCCAGCUGCCCGAGGUCCGCUACUGGCCAAUCCCCGAAAUGGGCAAGAUGCCUGGUCGCGACGUGUUUGUCCGCAUCGUCGGCACGAUCGGCCUCUGCAUCGCCACCUUCUUCCUCUCGCUCACCCUCGCCAGCGCGGUCUCUCGCUACACGAAAUAA